AUGCCUCCAAACAAGAAGAAGAACCGCCGCAACAGAGUUGCAACUCAGAAUCAGGACCAGUCCCUCCCACCCCCAAAGACUGUCCCAUGUCCUCGCUGCCAUGAGGAGAUCAUCGUCCCCAAAACUUGCAAGCACGGCAAGAAAUUGAUCAACUGUCAAGGAACUGGAUGUACCACGGCCCACAUCGAUGAGCACAACGAGCACUGUCAGCCGGUUGCGCCAUCCCGACCUGCCACAUCUGGACCUGCCAAUACACCACCAGAAUUUUCCGGACCAACUCUGAUAACUGGCCCGUGGGUCACUGGACCUCCAAAUGCACAACUCUCCGCCGCUCUCAGGACCUUCAACUCCAUGCACACGGUAGCGUUGGGAGAGCUGUCUUUUCAACUCACGAACCUCAUGACACGCCGCGGAAAAUACGCAAAGUAUGUUGACGGUAUGCCAGUGACGGAGUGGUUCCACAAAGUCGAAGAUGGGAGUGUGCAACUGGUCAACCAAUGGACCGAGAAGUUGAGGAAGGUGAAUAACGGCGAGCAGACUGUCGAAGAGAUCGGAUACGAUGAUGAUGAGAGUGAAGACCUGGGCGACGAAUGCGCAACACCAUCAGAAGACGAGUGA